AUGAUACACGCUGAAACUCAUUUGAAUCAUCUCAAUAAUGAUGAUUUACCGGAUGAAAAUUUAUUCAACAAAGAGCAGCAGAAGCAAGUUAAUAGAAACAUUCGCGAUGCACAUAGUUCGAAAUCAAUUCCGGAUUCCAGAUUUUAUAAACGAAGGGUAUUAUCUCAAAAGUCAGCAAAAUCUAAUAUAUUGGCUAGGAUUUUGAAUCAAACUGAGCACAACAACAACAGAAUGAUCCAUGUUAAAAUAACAAUUUAA